AUGACGACGGAUAUGUCCUCAUCUUUGAACCACAAAAUAGACUACAGUCUAUACGGUGGUGCCGAAACGUUAUCCGAAGGCAGGUCACCACGUCGAACGGUUGUCCCAAACCCUAGCCUUGUCAAAGAUGAUGGGGUAUCUCAUGUUGGCCCACCCCAAGAUCCCAAUGAUUUUUUGUGGUUGAUGACUGAGGAGCCGCACAGAACACGGAGGAUGGCUAUAAUGAAGGCGUACCCUGAGGUCACGAAACUGAUGGGCCACGAACCUCUAACAAAAUAUAUCGUUCUCCUUGUAGUCACUCUACAGAUAGGCUUGGCCGUUGCGCUACGAAAUACCCGUCCUUUAUCACCCACAUUCCUUCUCUGCGCGUAUCUCAUCGGUGGAACUGCAAAUCACAAUCUUUUCUUGGCUAUACACGAAAUCACACACAAUCUCGCCUUCAAGAGCAUAACUGGGAACAAAAUGCUUGCCAUUUUUGCCAACUUGCCGAUUGGGAUACCCUAUUCAGCGGCAUUCAAAGGAUAUCAUAUAGAACACCACAAAUUUAUUGGUCAAGACGGAAUAGACACUGACCUUCCUUCUCGACCAGAGUUAAUCUGCUUGAAUAACGUGCUUGGAAAGGUUUUCUUCGCGACUUUCCAAAUCCUCUUCUAUGCUCUACGGCCUGGAUUCGUGCGAUCACAGACACCGACACGAUGGCAUUUCUACAAUCUCGUUGUUCAGGUUCUAUUUGAUGUCGCGCUCGUCAAGACUUUUGGGGUCAAACCACUUAUUUAUCUUAUAAUGAGCAGCUUCUUUGCGGGAAGUCUUCAUCCGUGCGCUGGUCACUUCAUUGCGGAACAUUACCUAUGGGACGGACUUGAACAGGAGACGUAUAGUUAUUAUGGUCCAUUGAACCUUCUUGCUUAUAACGUUGGAUACCACAACGAGCAUCACGAUUUUCCUUCGAUCCCUUGGACGCGCCUUCCAGCUCUCCGAGCUCUUGCUCCAGAAUUUUAUGAUACCCUUCCUUCGCAUCCUUCGUGGCCCAUGGUUAUCGUUAACUUCAUUCGCGAUCCGGAGGUUGGAAUCUUUGCUCGAGCAAAACGUUUACCCAAAGAGGCAGUUGUAUCCAAGAAGGUUGCAAAGAAAGACGCAGACGACUCGGAUAAAAGUGAUUGA